AUGAAGCUUAACGUUGCCAACCCUGCUACGGGCGCGCAGAAGUCUUUUGAGUUCUUGGAUGAGCGCAACGUGCGCUGCUUCUUUGACAAGCGCAUGGCUCAGGAUGUCGAGGUUGACAGCCUCGGUGACGAGUGGAAGGGCUAUGUUCUCCGCAUUGGCGGUGGUAACGACAAGCAGGGAUUCCCUAUGAAGCAGGGUGUCCUUCUUCCUUACCGUGUGCGUCUCCUCCUCGGUGCCAACACUUCUUGCUACCGUCCCCGCCGCGCCGGUCAACGCCGCCGGAAGUCGGUUCGCGGCUGCAUUGUCGGCCCUGAUAUCCAGGCUUUGCACUGCUCCAUUGUCAAGCAGGGCGAGCAGGAGAUUCCUGGCUUGACUAACCCCGAAAGCGCUGUCCCCAAGCGUCUCGGUCCCAAGCGUGCUAACCACAUUCGCAAGUUCUUCAACCUGACGAAGGAGGACGACGUGCGCAAGUACGUUAUUCGCCGUACGAUUGAGCCCAAGAAGGAGGGCGCGAAGCCGUACACCAAGGCACCCAGGAUCCAGCGCCUUAUUACCCCCCAGCGCCUCCAACGCAAGCGUGACGAGAAGCGUGUGAAGCACCUGAGGUACGCCAAGAGGACUGCCGAGAAGGCCGCCUACGACGAGCUCAUUACGAAGCGCCUCGGCGAGAGGAAGACGCAGACUGCGGCGACCACUGCCUAA